AUACCCCCACACACACCGACCCUGCAGACCGUUCAGUGGAACACUCCGACACACCGCUCACCAGUUAGGAUAUAACUGAAAAAGAGGACAGAAUGGCUCAAAUAAACACCAUGCCCAUGGGCCCUUGGAAGAUCACCGUGUACGAUCAGGAGUUCUUCCAGGGCAGGCGUAUGGAGUUCACCGCCUGUUGCCAGAACAUCAUGGAGUGUGGUGUGGAGAACAUCCGCUCCCUGAAGGUCGAGUGUGGCGCCUGGGUCGGCUACGAGCACUCCAGCUUCUGCGGCCAGCAGUUCAUCCUGGAGAAGGGAGACUACCCUUGCUUCGAGGCCUACAGUGGCAGCAACUCUUACCGCAUUGAGAGGAUGAUCUCCUUCAGGCCCAUCUGCUGUGCUAACCACAAGGAGUCCCGCAUGACCAUCUUCGAGUCAGAGAACAUGCUGGGUCGUCAGUUCGAGCUGAGCGACGACUACCCCUCUCUGCAGGCUAUGGGCUGGAUUAACAAGGAGGUUGGAUCCAUGCACGUUCAGACUGGAGCCUUUGUGUGCUACCAGUUCCCUGGUUAUCGUGGCCAGCAGUACAUCCUGGAGAGCGACUGCCGCGGAGGAGAGUACAAGUGUUACCGUGAGUUUGGAUCCCAGUCCCAGACUCCCCAGAUUCAGUCCAUCAGGAGGAUCCAGCACUAAGAGGGGAGCACUUCAUUCACAUUUCCUCAUCUCUUCUUCCUCCUCCACCUCCUCCUCUCCUUCCUCCUCCUCCUCUCCUCAAACCUCCAUCUCACGGCUCCACCGGUCCUGCUAGUCUUAGCAGGAUCCUGGGCCAGACUUCGGGUGCUUUCUGGUGUCAGUUGUUCACAGCACUUUUUUUUAAAGAAUCAUCACAAAAGAAAAGGAAAGAUGUGAGAAAGACAGAAAACAGGAAUGAGAAAAAGCUGAAUCAGUGUGAAAGAGAGGCCUGUUCUGCUCAGGUUGGCUACAGAGCGAUGAAAACACCUCCAACAUUUUGCUCUCAUUCAUCUCCACCUUUGGUGGCAUCAUCAUCCUCAUCAUCAUCGUCAUUGUCUGCAACAUCAACACCAUCACCAGUCUUGCUGUUACUGUGAUAUCCAUGACUGCCUAUG